AUGCUUGAAGAUAAAACAUUUUCUCAUAUUGUUUCGUGGGGAGUUACGGGUGAUACAUUUGUUGUUCACGAUCCUACAGAAUUCGCCAAAACAAUUUUACCUCAGCAUUUUAAACACAAUAAUAUGGCAAGUUUUGUGAGGCAAUUAAAUAAAUACGAUUUUCACAAGAUAAAAAGCAAUGAUGAAGAGGCACGACCUUACAACGAACAGCGAAAAAUACCAACACCACGCAGACCAUCAACUCAACCAGAACAAAUAAAAUUGGAUGAACAACCUAUAACCGAUUAUUCAUCACCAGACGAUGUAAAACAUUUGACGAAAUUACACACCGAUUUAACAGGUCAAAUGAAUGUCUUAUCAAAGAAUUGUGGUACAAUUUUAGAAGAAAUAAUUACUUUCAGACAAAAUCUUGCUGCGCAAGACAUUUUGUUAAGCAAUUUAUAUCAAAUGUUAGUGACAAAAUUAAGUCAAGAGCGAACGCAGGGUAGACAAUUUCAAAAUAAUUUACCUUCACGUCCUCCUCACCAUCAUGAACAACAAUAUCAAGAUAGUGAAAGAAACUCUACAGGUGAAUUAACAUCCUCGAUUAUGGGAAAUAUGGUUCCACGAAAUAUUGAAAAUGUAAAUACUACUUUCAACCAAUUGAUGGAUGUUACAGGUCGAAUACAAUCCCAUGCUCAACAAUUAUCUAGCGUGGGAUCUACUUCGUCGCCACCAUCAUCUUCAUCAUCCGCAACAAGACCAUUAUUAUCUCAAUUGUCCACAAAUUCAUUAUCCUCAUCAACAAUUCAUCAAACAAUAAAUUUAUCUGAAGAAAUUUCGAAUGAACAACCAAUUUUGACAUCUUUAAAUAAUUCUGUAAAUUAUAAAUCUUCCAUACCAAUUGAUAUGUCAAAUCGCGUAAAUACCGCGAAUUUAAAUGUUAAUUUUAAUUUACAGCCCGGUACGAUGACAGUCUCACCAAUAAGCCCGGAAACAGCAUCUUCAUUUUCUCCGCAAUUUUCUUCCUCAAUAGGAGGAACAUUUGAUACAUCUCACAUAAAUACAAGCAACGUUAAUAAUCAAUCGCCUUCCUACAACUUAAGCCAAAUCAAUUUACGUCAAUACCUUCCAGGAACUGCCACCAACACCACCACGAAUAGUAGAAAUACGACACCAACAAAUACUCCUCCGUCUUCAGGGCAAACCUCAAUAACAAAUAACAAUAGACUUUACUAUCGUGGUCGGACAUCCUUUUCGGUACCUAAUUGGACAAUUCAACCAAAAAUUUUAAUAGUAGAUAACGAUGUAACGAUUAGAGAAGGUAGUUCUCAAUUCUUACAAAUCUUUAGAUGCCAAUGUGACAUGGCUGCAGAUGGAAUUACUGCAGUGAACAAGUUACAAGUACAACAUUAUGAUCUAGUCUUUAUGGACAUUGUCACGCCGGAUCUUGACGGCGUGAGUGUAACUCAACAAAUCCGACAAUUUAAUCGUACGAUUCCUAUUAUAGGGAUGCUUCCCCCAAGUAAUUCCAAAACUGAUUUUAUAAAUUAUUUGCGUAUCGGUAUUUCAGAUAUCUUAUUGAAACCAUUCUCAACACAAAGAUUAUCUGAAAUGGUAGAUAAACAUUCACAUGAAGAUAAUAAUGGACGAAGUGGUGGUAGUGAACGGGGAGGAGGAAGCGGGGGAGGUGUUGGAGGUAUAAUGUCAGAUACCAUUGUUAGUAAUAAAUCACUAGGUGGUGGAAUUAUUAGCAUUCCGGAAAAUCACAAUUCAUCGACUCCAUCUACAAUGAACUAUUUAUCAUCUCACAUUAUAGGAGAUAUCUAUCAUGGACAAAUACAUCAUUUGAGUAGUGGGGAAGAUGAUGAAAAUAAUGGAGAUAAUCAAAAAUUAAAGAAAACUAAGUAUUCACACUAA